AUGUGCUACACGGGCGCCAAUGCCUCAGCUUUGGAGAAAGAGAUUGGUCCGGAACAAUUUCCAGUCAAUGAGCACUAUUUUGGUUUGGUUAAUUUUGGGAAUACAUGCUACUGCAAUUCAGUUCUUCAGGCACUUUAUUUUUGUCGACCAUUUCGAGACAAAGUCUUAGCAUACAAGAGUCAACCAAGAAAAAAAGAGAAUCUCCUUACAUGCUUAGCUGAUCUCUUCCACAGUAUAGCCACCCAGAAGAAAAAAGUUGGAGUAAUACCUCCCAAAAAAUUUAUAACAAGAUUACGAAAAGAAAAUGAGCUUUUUGAUAACUACAUGCAGCAGGAUGCACAUGAGUUCUUAAACUAUCUAUUAAAUACAAUUGCGGAUAUCUUGCAAGAGGAAAGAAAACAAGAGAAACAAAAUGGUCGCCUACCAAAUGGCAACAUCGACAAUGAAAAUAACAGCCCACCAGACCCAACCUGGGUUCAUGAAAUCUUUCAGGGAACAUUAACUAAUGAAACCAGAUGUCUUACGUGUGAAACUAUAAGCAGCAAAGAUGAAGACUUCUUAGACCUUUCAGUUGAUGUGGAGCAGAAUACUUCAAUCACUCAUUGUUUAAGGGGUUUCAGCAAUACAGAAACUCUGUGCAGUGAAUACAAAUAUUACUGUGAAGAAUGUCGCAGUAAGCAAGAAGCACAUAAAAGGAUGAAAGUAAAAAAGCUGCCUAUGAUUCUAGCUCUCCAUUUGAAGAGAUUUAAAUACAUGGAUCAGCUGCAUCGAUACACAAAACUCUCUUAUAGAGUAGUUUUUCCUUUAGAGCUUCGUUUAUUUAACACCUCAGGAGAUGCCACCAAUCCUGACAGAAUGUAUGACCUUGUUGCUGUGGUAGUUCAUUGUGGAAGUGGCCCUAACAGAGGACAUUAUAUUGCAAUAGUGAAGAGUCAUGAUUUUUGGUUGCUUUUUGAUGAUGAUAUUGUUGAGAAAAUUGAUGCACAAGCUAUUGAAGAAUUCUACGGGUUGACAUCAGACAUCUCAAAGAACUCUGAGUCUGGUUACAUCCUCUUCUAUCAGUCUCGGGAUUGAGGGGGAACUGUAGUGAAGAGAGAUUUUUAUGCCUCACAUCUCCUCUAUCUUGGAAUGGAGCAAGCACUGAAAAAAAGGAAAGCAGGGAGCUCCAGGGGUGGUAGCACAGUUUGCACACAACUAAGCCAAGAGUUUGGGAUUCUUAAAACCUUUGUAUCGUUUUCAUUUUAUUUGCUCAGGUAUCAUGCUGACUACACAUCUCCACUGCAUCCCAUAAGCAAAAAGAGAGAUACCAGCCACUCUUGCAGGAGCUUUCCGUUAGGUAAUACUAUCUCUAUGGUCCUAAUUCAAAGCCCAUUAAGGUCACUGGAGAACCUUUCAUGGACUUCAGUGGAAUUUGAAUCAGGUUCUAACUGCACUGCCAGAUUGGUGCAAUAGGAGCAUUAGAAAUCUGUAUUUUAUACAGACUUCGUGUAUAAAAGGUAAAGGACUCUUUGUGAACUUAGUUUCCUGUGCUUAAGUUUAAAAGAAUGAGGUUGGGAGGGCUAACAUGUAAGCAAGAAGAUAUAUCUGGGCCCAACACAAUUGCCUUCUUGAUGGUAGUAGUUUAACUGAAGAUAUAAACUGGAGUCGGGGAGGCAAGUAUGUUUUGCUUCUCUGAGGAAGCUUACGUUAUUUAUAAUGUGUGAUCGGGAACAAUCAGUCAAGAUUAUGGCUUUUAAUCUCCGUAUGGGGAAAGAUUUGGUUUGUAA